CGUUGACGGAUCCUCCUCAGUUGUAAACAAACGGCCGUCGCGAGUGGAUGAUUUGGCAGAAAGUUAAGUGUUUUUCGUAAAGUUUGAUCAAAAAGUUAGGUUUAUUUGCGCAAAUCUCUCAAAAAAGUCCCCCAUGCGACCAUGUUCUUUGUCCCGUCCAAGCUGUUGAUCCCGGCCGGUGUGCUAACGGCAAGUGUUUUCGCGUUGCGACGAUAUAAAAUCCGAAAAUGGGGCAGGGUUACAAAUACGUCGUCCCUCAAGGGCAAACUGUUUAUCAUAACCGGGGCAAACACGGGGUUGGGGUUCGAAACGACAAAAGCGCUCACCGCCCGUCAAGCAACGACUAUCAUGGCCUGUCGGAAUCUGGCCAAAGCUGACGAAGCCAUCCACAAAAUACGCGAAACCACGUCCGAGGGCGAACUGAUCCCGAUGGAGCUGGAUCUGGCCUCGUUCCAAUCGAUUCGAAAGUUCGCAUCGCAGGUCAACGAAAAAUAUCCGGAUCUGUACUGCCUGGUCAAUAACGCCGGACUAGCAGCUCAAAAACCAGAGUUCACGCAAGAGGGCUACGAAAUCCACUUCGGUGUGAACCAUCUCGGUCAGUUUCUUCUAGUAGACUUGCUAAAAGAUAACUUGAAGCGAAACAACUCCCGCGUCGUCGUCGUAUCCUCCCGAAUGCACGAAAUAGACGCCAGCAUAGACCUGGAAAACCUCGGCAAGUGGGUAGAGUACGACAGUCGGCUCAACCGCCUCUACAACAACUCCAAACUGAUGAACUUUUACUACGCCCGUGAACUCUACAAGCGCGGCUUCAACGUGCACGUGCUCUGCCCAGGCCUCUGUCACACGGACUUCUUCCGCCACUACGACCCGAAGUGGUACCACUACCUGAUCUUCUCGCCCAUCGUGUGGCUCAUGCUACGUUCCGCCGAGCAGGGCGCCCAGAACAUCAUCUACAGCGCGACGGACAGUGUCACCAGUGGGGAGCAGAAUCCGGUCACCGGGCACUUUGUGUCGAACGUCAAGAUGAGGCGGUCCAAGUUUCGCUUUGAUGAGCACGUUUCCGAGCGGCUGUGGGAGGAAAGCGUCAGCGCGAUAGCGAAAGCUGAAAGUGCAAGCAGCAGUUGAUAGUGGAGUGGUGGAGGAGAUUGUGUACAUUUUUGAAAAUAUUCGGCACUAAGUAGAUGGGCUUUCUAACCAAUUGUUUUGUAAAGGAUUUGACUAACGGUGGCGGGAUGAAGGACAUGGUCGUCGAUCUGCGUAUGAUCUGAGUUUUGUUGUAGUAUUUCCUAAUGAUUUAUUGCCUUUUCAGAGAUUUAAUGUUGUGUUGCUGGAAUAUGUAUUAUUUGUGUAAAUAUUCUUAAAUAUAAAAUCGUUUAAAAAAUGUCUAAUUUGCCUCAAGUUUUUUUCCGGUUCGAUACAUUUUCCCAGGGUCUCGUGGCGCAGGGGUAGCGGCUUCGGCUGCCGAUCCCGAUGAUGCUAUGAGACGCGGGUUCGAUUCCCGCCUUAUCCACUGAGCUUCUAUCGGAUGGUGAAGUAAAACGUCGGUCCCGGUUUCUCCUGUCUCGUCAGAGGCGCUGGAGCAGAAAUCCCACGUUAGAGGAAGGCCAUGCCCCGGGGGGCGUAGUGCCAAUAGUUUCGUUU